AUGUCAUCUUAUCCAAAGUUCACCAUCUACGAUUUUCCCACCGGACCGUAUCCCGCGCGUGUGAGAAUUGCCCUCGGGGAGAAGAAACUCGAGCAUUUGGCAGAAUUUGAGCUUAUUGAUCUGUUUAAGGGCACCCAUAAGAAGCCUGAAUUCAGAGAAAAUCUCAACUUCUCUGGAACGGUUCCGGUAGUGAAAUUUGAAAAUGGCGAUCUACUUGCGGAGUGCACUGCCAUUACUGAGUUUCUUGACUCUUUGGACGGAAACACCGUGUUGACUGGUCUGACUCCACGUGAGCGUGGAGAUAUUCACAUGUUCACCAGACGAGUGGAGAACGAGUUCCUCGAGCCAAUUUCUCUUUACUUUCACAACGCGACGCCUGGUCUUGGUCCUGAUGUCGAAACCUACCAGAACCAUGAAUGGGGUUUGCGCCAACGUGAGAAGGGAUUGCGUGGAAUGCGCUACUUCAACAAAUUACUGGUGACUCGCGAAUUUGUCACGUGUGAUCGUUUCACUAUGGCAGACAUGGCUCUUGUAGCCGCUAUGGUGUUUCUCGCCGUUGUGAAAGAGCCGGUUCCUGCUGAUUGCGAUGCUUUGUUGGCUUGGUGGGCCCGUGUUCAGCUGCGCCCUAGUGUUAUCAACAGAGUGACCAUGUCGCAGUAA